AACAUAACCUCACACUCUUUGUUUUGUAAACAUUCAAAGAGCGAAGAAAAAAGUGUUUUGGGGCUUUUCUGACAAUGUCGAGGGAAGAAAAACAGCUUGAGGCACUCCUGGAUGCUGUCCUCAAUCGACUGAACGAUCUGAAAUUGUCCAUUGGGGCGAUGAUUCAGAAAAUCGAGGUGGAACAUGAGACAAUCAACUGGCCAACUUUCCUGGAUAACUUCGCCCUGAUUUCCAGUCAUCUCACUGGGCUGUCGAAGAUCAUUGCCACGGAGAUGGGUGCUCCAUUGAGGAAUUUAACAGUUUUGCCACUGCUACUGUCCCCAGAACGAGAUGAAGCUCUGUGGCAGUUGACCGAGGGAAGAAUUGCAGUUUUCUCCCAUGACAUGGUUCCGGAUUAUCUCCGGACAAAGCCAGAACCAACAGCAGAACAGAAGAUGAUGGCUCAUGAGCAGAAAGCUAACAAUCUCACCCCAGAGACUGCUGCAAAGCAAGUGGCUCAGUACCAGAAGAUCGUGUCGCAUGUCUUUGACAUGGUGAGCAAGGCUCGUGAGGAAUGGGAAUCUGACUCAUCAUCGAGGUCAGGGGUACAGCAGACCAGCAGCAUGGCAGAUACUCAUGCUCUGGUGGCAGCUGUGGGCAUGGGGAAGAAUCUCAAAGUCAACAUUCCGCCAGGAGUUGGUCCAAAUGGCCCAGGAGGGCCUCCGGGAAUGGUGCCUGGACACGGAAUCCGGCCACCAGCUGCAAUGGCUGCUGUGAGUCCAUCGGGAGGGGUUGGGCAGAUGGGAAAAGCACCAUCGGCCAUCAAGACCAACAUCAAAUCCGCCAACCAGAUUCAUCCCUACGGCAGGUAAAUUCCCAGCUUCGCAAUUCUUAUCUCUUGGGCAUGAUUGCCCCAGCAAAAGGCCCUUGACUUUGACCCCUGAUUUUUUUACGUGCAAAAAAAUCAUCAGAAUAAUCAUUUUAAUGAUACAAUAAAAUAAAUUAUAUAAGUUUACAAAUAAAAAA